GUGAAUUCGGACGUAAGUUCGCACCAAGUGCAACGAUCACUGACACCAGACCAAGCUUGUGCUGACAGCGGAAGUGAUCGGAGGCAGCCACCGUCACCGACAACCGCAGCCCCUGCGAUUUGCUAUGUAGACGUCGGGGCUGUGAUGCACGCGCCGACGCGUCGUGUCAAGACACACACACACACACAGAUGCUGUUGAUAGUACCACACGGCUUGCCCGGGCUCGGCCACGAUGAACGACUAUGGCGAGCUGAAACGAUGCAGGAAUGUUUUAUGAGCAGGAACGGUCCGUGGGGA